AUGUACACGGCUUUCGACACGACUAACAAAAUAAUCGUGAUGGGAUUCCGAGGAACUGUCGGAAAUACUCAGCUUUCGGAAGAAAUUGGAGCCUUUUUCCUGUUUGUUCCAUUGAUAUUUGAAUCGAAAAUAAAUGAAAAAUGUUCCAGUGGGAAGAGGAAGUUCUUCAACGUUGGCUACGUCUUCGAGUACUUCUUCGACGCCUUCAUGUACCUCUGGAAUGGAGGUCUCAGCAGCCACAUCCGCCAGUUGAAGUACCUUUAUCCGGACUACGAACUUUGGGUUUCCACAAAACUCAAUGAAAGGGAAUAAAAUGAGAAUUUUCCAGGUUUGCGGCCAUUCCCUGGGAGGUGCUCUUUCCUCUGUCGCCGCUUCUUAUGUCGUUCAAAUCGGCCUUUUCCAAGGCGAGAAAAUCAAGCUUCUGACUGUCGGACAGCCAAGAACUGGGGACUAUGAUUACGCUAUGUGGCAUCAGAAUACGGUUGGAAAAAUCGAAAAAACAAGAAGUAGAUUUUAUUUUCAGUUCCCAUAUUCCUACCGUAUCGUUCAUCAUAAAGAUAUUGUUCCACACGUUUCUCCUCAAAUAAUGCCUGAUGGGGAUGAGAUGUUCCAUCAUCGGACUGAAAUUUGGUGAGCAGUCUUCAAAAUCCUCUGAAUAUGAUUAGCAUGAUCAGAAUCAUUUUUGCGCUGAUUAGAAAACAUAUCUGAGGUGUUAAUUUCCAGGUACAACAACAACAUGACAAUCGGGUCGCCGUAUCACAUCUGCCUGGAAGCCGACGGGCCCCAUUGCAGCAAUACUCAACUUGAUACCAGCUUUGAGGAUCACAUGAUCUAUUACGAUACGGAUAUUGAAAAAUAUGGUGCUAGUGGAUGUCCCAAAAAAUAA